AUGGAAGGCCCGGGGCUGGAGCGGGAGCCGGGCCCUGCACCGCCGCAGCCCCCCGAGCCCAUUCGCUUCGGUAUCGAUCAGAUCCUGGGCUGCCCUCCGCAGCAGAGCGGCGCCGACGAAACAGUAGCCCACGGGGGCCUCGGGGAAGCCGACCUCCAAAGCAGCGGCGGCUACGAGGCGGAUUACGGCCCCGCGUGCUCCCUCGGGACGUACGGCCUCCCGGAGGCCUCGGCCGGCAACGGCGGGGUGAUCCGAGUGCCCGCGCACCGUCCGAUUCCCUCCGUGGCCGUCCACCCUCGGCCAUCGGGAGCCAGCCUCGCCUUCCCUUGGAUGGAGCACAGCAGGCGACUGACCAAGGACCGGAUGGCAGCCGCGUUGCCGCCCUUCUCCGUGGCCAGGCGGGUCGGCCACCCGUAUCAGAAUCGCACUCCGCCCAAACGCAAGAAGCCGCGCACGUCCUUCUCCCGAGCGCAGAUCUGCGAACUAGAGAAGCGGUUCCAUCGGCAGAAAUAUUUAGCCUCCGCAGAGCGAGCCGCCCUAGCCAAAGCGCUCAAGAUGACCGACGGCCAAGUCAAGACGUGGUUCCAGAACCGCCGCACAAAAUGGAGGCGACAGACUGCGGAGGACCGCGAAGCGGAGCGCCAGCAGGCCAGCCGGUUGAUGCUGCAGCUCCAGCCAGACGCCUUCCCGAAGAGUCUGGGGCAGCCGCUGCAGCAGGACCCUCUCUGUUUGCACAACGCCUCGCUCUUCGCCCUGCAGAACCUGCAGCCCUGGGCAGAGAACCACGAGGUCGCCUCAGUCUCGGGAGCCGCCACCCUGGUGUGA